GCCCCCUGCCUUGGCGAUGCCCCAGCGCCUCCUCUGCAUCUGCCUGGCGGUGUGGGAAGCCAGCGGGGACCUCCCGUUCAUUGCUGAGAACGAUGCUGCGCUGACUGUGAACUGGAAUGCAGUCAAAGAACAUAGAAAACUUUACACCAUUUAUGAAACCAGCGUGAACGAUCCCGGGAACAUGUCCUUUGUGAAGGAGACGGUGGACAAGCUGUUGAAAGGCUAUGACAUUCGCCUGAGACCCGACUUCGGGGGUCCCCCGGUCUGCGUGGGUAUGAACAUCGACAUCGCCAGCAUAGACAUGGUUUCCGAAGUCAACAUGGAUUACACCUUGACCAUGUAUUUCCAACAGUACUGGAGAGAUAAAAGGCUCGCCUACUCUGGGAUCCCUCUCAACCUCACGCUGGACAACCGCGUGGCCGACCAGCUGUGGGUGCCGGACACCUAUUUCCUAAAUGACAAAAAGUCGUUCGUGCACGGAGUGACGGUGAAGAACCGCAUGAUCCGGCUUCACCCCGACGGGACGGUGUUGUACGGGCUCAGAAUCACCACGACUGCGGCGUGCAUGAUGGACCUGAGAAGGUACCCCUUGGACGAGCAGAACUGCACCCUGGAAAUCGAAAGCUACGGCUACACCACAGACGACAUUGAAUUUUACUGGCGAGGUGGCGAUAAGGCCGUCACCGGUGUGGAGAGGAUCGAGCUUCCUCAGUUCUCCAUUGUGGAACAUCGCCUGGUCUCGAGGAAUGUCGUCUUCGCCACAGGUGCCUACCCUCGGCUCUCACUGAGCUUUCGGCUGAAGAGGAACAUCGGAUACUUCAUUCUGCAGACGUACAUGCCCUCGAUACUCAUCACCAUCCUCUCCUGGGUGUCCUUCUGGAUCAAUUAUGAUGCAUCUGCGGCUAGAGUUGCCCUUGGGAUCACGACGGUUCUCACCAUGACCACCAUCAACACGCACCUUCGCGAGACGUUGCCCAAAAUCCCCUACGUCAAAGCCAUCGACAUGUACCUCAUGGGCUGCUUUGUCUUCGUGUUCCUGGCCCUGCUGGAGUACGCCUUUGUCAACUACAUUUUCUUCGGAAGAGGCCCCCAGAGGCAGAAGAAGCUUGCGGAGAAGACAGCCAAGGCCAAGAACGACCGUUCAAAGAACGAAGGCAACCGGGUGGACGCGCACGGGAACAUCCUGCUGACGUCCCUGGAGGUCCACAACGAAAUGAACGAGGUGGCGGGCGGCGUGGGCGAGACGCGGAAUUCAGCAAUAUCCUUCGACCACUCAGGAAUCCAGUACAGAAAACAGAGCGUGCCUCGGGAGGGGCACCGGCACUUCGGGGACAGGGGGCUCGCGCACAAGAAGACCCACCUGCGCAGGAGGUCUUCGCAGCUCAAAAUCAAGAUCCCCGACCUGACCGACGUGAACGCCAUAGACCGGUGGUCCAGGAUCGUGUUCCCCUUCACUUUCUCCCUUUUCAACCUGGUUUACUGGCUGUACUAUGUUAACUGAGUGACUGUACUUGAUUUUUCAAAGACUUCAUCUAACACCGAGUGGAAUAUUACUUUGCCUGUCCAGUUUUUAUACCUGUACACACACGCACACACACGCACACACACGCACCUAUAUACAUACGCAAUUGUAUAUAUAUGUGAACUUUCUCAGCAUAUAUAUAAAAUACACGUGUAUAUGAGGAUGUAUGUGUAUAUGUUUUUCACACGCGGGUGUAAGCGCCUGUGUGUAGGUAAAACAAAUACACAUACAUACAUUUUGCAGCCUUGGACAAAUUUAACACAGGAUGCAUAUUAAAGAAAGUCAUAGUUCUUUUUUUUUUCCUUCUUCAUUGAAAGGGACGAGCAUUGCCUAACUAUUAUGCCUUGAGAAUGAGGGCGCAAAACAUGAUGUCAUCCCAAACUCUCUCCUUUCCUGUCCUAAGUUAGCCGUUUCAGUUUAAAGCUCAGAAAGACGCUCUUUAACCUUCAGAAACUCAUACGGCGCUGUUGAUACUUCCAAACCGAUCACCCACUUCAUACCCUCUCUUUCAGUUUACUAAGCGAAGGCUUUUCGGCUUUCUCGGCGAUGGGCUUUCUCUGCUUGGACGUGUGUCUCUGUACUGGUCGUGUGGGUGAGGUCACGGGCCCACCCGCCGUCUUAAACGUAGCUAGCGCCCACGCGGACGUCCGAACACCCGUCCUGGGAAACCCGCUCGCGAACGGACGGCUUCUCCUUGUAAGUACUCCACUACUGUACAGUGUCUCUUUGUGUUCACGCCGCGUGGACCGGCUCGCCUGUCCCGUGGGGACUCGGUGGCGACGUGCGGUUGCCACUUCGAUCACUGAAAACGUGUUCCACGUCUCCUGGACGGAUUUCCGGGCCUGACAUUUCACGGGAAACAUAGACGUCUCAGGUUAUCUGUUCCUCUGAGGUCAAACCAUCUAGGAUGACGUUCCCCCUCGUCUCUCCAUCACCGCUCCCUCUUUAUAAAUAACAUUGUAUGUUACUCGGAAAUAUAUUUGCAUAAUAUGCAUAUGUAUGUAUAUUUGCCAGAUUUCGGUUCUUAUGCUCGCUCUCACGGCAGCAUGCGAUGUCCUAUUUUUUUUUUCUGUGAUUGUGACUCCUUUCUGUCAUCUAGAAUAUUCCGAUUGAAGCUAAAACACUUCUGUUCCAUGUUGGAAACCAAGAAACAUCCUCAUGCCUUCAUUUCCGCAUCUGACGUGUGUCCUAAGCACAUCCCACCCCUCCCGGUCCAACUGGGACGCUGCAGGAGGGUGACCGGUCCUCACCCGCAUCACGCACUGACCCAUGACCGUUCUCUUGAGGCAAAGGACAGCAGCCCGGCCACACACACUUUCCUUCUGAUCCACAGCCUCAUCCGUAUUUGGACUUUUUAAAGCUCGUUGACACAUGACACGGUGCACCGGUUUCAUAGACGUAAACUUAACUUACUAUUUAGAUGAGCUCUUUCUAAAGAAACAAAAAAAAGAGAUGAUAUAUUUUUUGUAAACAAUAUUUCUACCACAGGCAUCCAUACACUGAAACGACUACGGUGUGCAGGCAGAUGUCACAGGGAAGGGAAGCGUUUGGAAAGGAAAACACAAGAGCAAACGAGUCCGAAAAGAACUGCUACAUUAGUCCCCAGCUGCCAGGUAGUUCUGCCUCACACUCGGUUCUGUCCAGAGACCAGAGUCUCACCCACCGGGUUCCCUUAAGAGCUGGGACUCCUGGUCUCCAUGGAGACAGAGGGACCGCCUUCCCGAGGGUGGGCGUGGCCUGGGCUCUCGUGGUGAGCAGACCGUCACUAGGUUUUCCUCGGGUGGCCAUAACGACCUUUAAUUUGUGGAAGUCCGUAAGAGCUCGGAGCCCACCGUCAGGCGUUUAAACGUAGUCCGCAAAGUCUCACGCUAGAAACCAGGACCGAUUUUCCAUAAAAUCCUUUCCCCUUCCUCCAUUCCAACUUUUCUUCAACACCUCCCCCUCCACCCCCAAACCCUGCUCUCUGGUUUUGUUUUGAUCUAGAGACUAGCCAGUGAUUCCUUGGCCUUUGGCUUUCCUCGGACAAUUUUUUUCCCCCUGUGGGUAACAUCGGGGGAGCUUCAAAGUUAAAUAGAUGGGGAAAAACCUUGUAAGUGGCCUUAUCAUUAACAUGUUAAAGAAACCAAGACAUUCGUGACCUUACCCCUUUCAAGACUUCAGGUAUCUUUUUCUGUCUCCAGUAAUUCAAAGAGGGAGCUGCAUGUGCAGAGGGGGAACCCCAAAAUGCGAAGGCACGUGGACGAAACGCAGCCAGUGGUCGAUUUCAGUGUACACUUUAUACUAUCCAGAACUGUGACGUGAACUCUUCCUGGCGGAAGAGCGAUUCAAACCAUGUCGGACGCAUAGAGUUGAGGUACCCAAAUAGCCAAGGCAGGCACCCCACGGGGCUCCCAACAGCUGCAGAGUCUCCUCCCCCCAAGGUUUUCUGGAUAUCAAUUUGCAUGGUAUAGUUACAAUAGCUUUUCAGCUUUUUAUAUGCUUUUGCCACCAAGACUGGAACCUACCACUUUGUAGACACUGCAAUGAAGUUAACAUAAUAGCUAUACUAUAAAUAGUGUUUGUAACUACACACACACACAUACAUACAUACAUAUAUUCUGUACAAAAAAACACACACAACUUUUUAAGAUCAUUGGGUAUGUGUUUGCUUCACUCCAUUGAAGAAGAAAACAACUUUUCUUCUAACGAAAUUAUUUUAUAGCUUCUCCAUUUCUAAACGUUGGGGAGAAAUCCUGAAAGGCAGAACUCUUGACUGCUUCGGCAGGAGAGAGUUGCGUUUGGUUCUCUGUGGUCCCCCCAAACCUCUCGUUGCCACACGGUAGUCCCGGGAGCCAGUGGGCGAGCCGGACCGAUACUUCUAAACCUGACCUUGGACGUGACUGCUGGGGCUCGGGGGCAGGUAGUGGGAAUGUUACCCAUGCCCAGAGCUUUUGCAUAAGGAGAGGAAAAGGGAAUUUUGCAUAGAAUGCUCUUUCUUUCUCAACAACGCAACAUAAUAAAGAGUUCAUUUUCUAAGCUAGUCCUGUCUUUCCAAAAUGCUUCCAAGGGGCUCCAGAUGUCCAGGAGAAUCUCGUUAGGAGGAUUCGUUCCACACUCGAGAUAAUGCGAGAGCCCGACUCCAGGAAUCCCCACAGACAAAGACUGAUGAGUCACCUGCAAACACAGCGUCACCCUUUUUCGCCAGCCCCGGGACUGUAGAGAGGUGUCACUGCCGAGCCCAUGAGACACUCACGUCCCUCUGAAUCUGAGGGGAACUAGAAAAGAGGUCACGAGCCUACCCCUGUCGGGCGUGUAAGUCCAAGUGCACCCUCAGUACUGUGUGUGGUUAAUGCCAGCACCCAGGACUCUCGGCACGGUCAUCCUCGUCACAGGCGCCCCUCCCCUGUCCAGCUCUGGAGUCAAUGUGUUCACCAGGGAGCCCCUCACUGUGGGGGCUCUGGGCCUGGUUGCUAAGGCGACAGGCACGUUGCGGCUGUUAGUGUUCAUUGUCAGCACCUGGGACACCAUGCCAUUGGGGUCUGUCCCCCCAUGGCGAUUUCGGAGAAAGAGAAUGGAGCCAACUUUGAAUCUCCUGGCUCGAAAGAAUAACCCCCCCUGUAACUCUUACUUUAACCCUCCACCUGAAAACCAGUCCAUGUCACGUGAGCCAAACGGGACAAUGGGUGACAUCGUUUGUUUCCUCGUGGCACUGACCCUGGCUCUCCUCUAGGGGAUCUGUGGGUCAGAGUGGCAUUGUGGGACUGAGAGCUGCCCAGGCGGGCGACAUUUCCCCGGGUCACUAGCUAGUGUGCCUUGGAUCGAUUACCUCUUCUCUACCGCAUCGGAAGGCGCCAUGUUUUCCCAAAACACUCAGCUCCUCACAGCUGGGUAACCAGCGACCCCCCGAGACUGGCUCCCACCCCAGGCCCCUCCCCGGGGCCAGCCCCCCUCCCACGGCCCGUCACCCUGGUCCCAUAUCCCCACUUCACAAGUCAGUGGGUGUGUUCAAGGUAAGUACAGGACUAUUCCAGAAGGAGCAGGCGAUAGCUGUCGUGGUCGAUGCCCUUGUUGGUCUCAUCUCAUUGUAAAGAUAAAACCCAAUUUUGCUUAAGCACAUUGAUGUAAUUUUUUUGGUAUUAUUUGACAUGAAAAAAAAUCAGCAAAAUUGAGUGAUAGAUACAAUAUGAAACUUGUUGAUGAAUGAAUUCAAAUUUAUUA